CACUAAUCUCGCGAUAGCUGAUGACGAGCUCAAAAGCGGAAGUAAAUAGUCGCUCUGCCAAGUUAGCAACGGAGUGGCGUAAAUAAAGUACUACACGUUCAGCGUGCAUAUCACAUGCGUAUUUCAGCUGGUUAAUUUCGGUUUUAAUCUUGAGUAGAGGUACUAGGAAGGGCUGUAUUGUAGGCGCACCCGAGACGCAGUUCCGUAACAGUCACGUUAGGGGCGUCUGAUAGCACGUUUUGCGGCCUGGCACUUGUGCGAACUCAGUCAUCAUUGUUGCCGCUAAAUCAAGCUAACGGCGCGUUUAGCCUCCGAUCCAAAUCAAAGACAACGCUGGGUACUUACUGCAGCAAAUGUCCAGUAUUCCUCGAGGCGCAUAAUCUAUUAGGGCUUCGGUGAGAACAAAGUCCCUGCUGGAUCUAAAAUGAUCAUAGAAAAUCUGGAGGCUUUGAAAACAUGGCUGUCUGACACGCUCGAGCCCAUCUGCGAUGCAGACCCUUCAGCACUCGCCAAGUAUGUUGUUGCCCUGGUGAAAAAAGAUAAAACUGAAAAAGAACUGAAAGCUUUGUGUAUUGACCAGUUGGACGUAUUUCUCCAGAAAGAGACCCAGCAAUUUGUGGACAAGCUGUUUGAAGCAAUAGACAACAAAAGCUAUCUGCCUCCGACGGAAGCACUACCUACUUUGAUCAAAGUUGAAAAAGAUGAGCCGAAAAAAGAUGAGCCAACUCGGGAAGACGAACGUGACAAAAAGAUUUCUCGAAGAGUGAAUAACAGUCCUCCAUCAGGUUCCCGCUACAGCAGAGAUGGCAGGAGAGUAGAUGAUCGCAAGAGAGAUGACCGGUCCAGGAAAAGAGAUUACGACCGCAACCCGCCCAGAAGGGAUUCAUACCGUGAUCGCUACAAUCGAAGGAGGGGUCGCAGUCGUAGUUAUAGUCGCAGCCGCAGCCGAAGUUGGAGCAAGGAUCGACCUCGAGACAGAGACCGUGACCGUGAUCGUGACAGAGACAGGGAGAGAGACCGGGACCGAGCUCGGAGCGGAAGUCCUUCUCACAGCAGAACUCGUUCAAGAAGCCGGAGUAGAGACAGGGAUCCUGGGAAGUUGAAGUAUGAUCACGAUCGCGUGGACCGGUUGGAAGGUCCUGAUGGCUACACCCCGACUAUUCUGGUUUCCACUGCAACCACCUCCCAUUUCCCUGUGCCAACACUGAGCAGCACCAUCACGGUCAUCGCGCCCACGCAUCAUCACAGCAAUAACACGACUGAAAGCUGGUCGGAUUUCCACCCAGAGCACCCUGUGGAUCGAGGCCCUUUCAGGGGACCUGUUCCUCAACCAAGGAAACGGUGCCGUGACUAUGAUGAGAAAGGCUUCUGCAUGAGAGGAGACAUGUGCCCUUUUGACCAUGGGAGUGACCCAGUCGUGGUGGAGGAUGUCGGUUUGCCCAAUAUGCUGCCCUUUCAGCCCCCACCCAUUCCAGGUGUGGAUGGCCCUCCACCCCCGGGCCUUCCACCUCCACCACUAAUGAACCCCUCGACUGUGAAUCUGGGGCCUCCUGUGCCCCCACCGGGAACUCUCCCACCAAGCCUUCCGCCGAUUGCAGGACCACCGCCCCCUCUUCCUCCACUUCAGCCCUCUGGAAUGGAUGCACCGCCAAAUUCCAUUACGAGUGCUGUUCCCACUAUUGUCACCUCUGGCAUACGUUCUUCAGUGCCCCAAAUACCGACACCACUUUUCCCUUCAGAUACCUAUGAGGCAGAUGUGUACAACCCUGAGGCCCCUAGUAUCACUAGUAGUUCCAGGCCAAUGUACCGCCACCGGGUCAAUGCUCAGAGGCCCAACCUUAUUGGCCUCACUAUGGGAGAUGUGGACCAGCCACAGAAAGACAAGGUUCCAAACAACAGUAUGAGAAUUGUUAUGGAUUCGAGCUUGAGGAAGCGACCUGCUGGUUCACAUGAUGGAGGUAUUCUCCACAAGAAACCUUGGUUUGACAGGCCUAACUAUAAUAAACCUAACCAUCUGGGCUAUCACAGAAGAGGUCCCUUCAACUCUCCUAACACCAAGCUGCUGGUUCGGCAAAUUCCUUCUGAACUCAACAACAUCAGCAAACUCAAUGAUCAUUUCAGCAAAUUUGGAACCAUUGUCAAUCUGCAGGUGGCAUACCAGAGUGAUCCAGAGGGUGCACUGAUUCAGUUUGCAUCUCCUGAUGAGGCCAAGAGGGCCAUACAAAGCACAGAGGCUGUCCUCAACAACCGCUUUAUCCGAGUGCAUUGGUUCCGGGAGAACGGGGGUGAUGGACCUGGACCGGGCCUGGCUCACAUACAGCAGUUGCAAUCACAGCCAGCCAUGCAGCCCUCAGUGACAUCGCUGAAGCAGUCUGUCAAAGAUCGCCUUGGGCCUCUGCUCACUGCAAACGCUGAGCCUUCCCAGGACUCCAGUGUAGCUCCUCAGAAUCCUACAAAAGUAUCAGUGAAGGAUCGUCUGGGUUUCUCUGCCAAAUCUGCUACACCUGUUGAGAAGCAUUUUCAGGUGUUUUCAACUUCGGCGGGCCUCUCUAAGACAGUAUACAACCCUGCAGCCUUAAAAGCGGUCCAGAAAACCACAGAUGACCCUCUAAAGAAGAAACAGGAAGCUCUAAGGCUACAGCAGGAUGUACGGAAGAAGAAGCAAGAAAUUCUCGAGAAGCAUAUUGAAACACAGAAGCUCCUGAUCUCCAAACUUGAGAAGAACAAAACAAUGAAAGCAGAGGAUAAAGCCAAAAUCAUGGAAACCUUGGGCAUUUUAACCAAAAACAUCACCAAACUACAAGAAGAGAUAAAGGGCAUCUCAUGCAGCAGCAGCAAUCUUCUGAACACAGUCAAGAGCAAGGCCCAAGCUCAGAAGGAACUUCUUGACACAGAGUUAGAUCUGUACAAGAAAACUCAAGCUGGAGAGGACACUGCUCUGUUGAAGAUCAAGUAUACCCAGCUGCAGAUUGAGGCCGCUAAAAGAGGACUCCUGUCACCAAGCCGAGGUCGUGGGAUCUCUGCUCGAGGGCGUGGUUCCACAAGGGCCCGCGGAAGAGGUGCCAGAGGACGGGGAAGAGGAAGAGGUGUUCCACUGCAUGCAGUUGUGGACCAUCGUCCGCGAGCUCUGGAGAUUUCCGGUUUCACGGAGACAGAGCAGGUCGACCUGCUGCCGCAUUUUGCUCAAUUUGGAGAAAUAGAAGAUUGCCAGAUCGAUGAAAACAGCUUGUGUGCAGUCAUCACCUACAGGACAAGAGCAGAGGCUGAGCAGGCAGCACUCCGUGGCGUCAAGUUGAACAAUCGUAAUUUACGGCUGGCCUGGCAUAAGCCUCUCAAGACGCUGAAUGCUGUUGAUGCAAACGAGGCAGAGCCAGAGGAGGAUGAGUAUCCAGAAGAGUCACUGAGCGAUGAUGCCCUGCUGCAGGAUGACGACGAGGAGGAAGAUGACAACGAGCCUCGUUCCUGGCGCAGAUGAGCGCGGCAUUGACCAGAUGCCUAGCAGUUUAUUUAUUUUGAUGCCUGUUCAUAAAUACAAGACACGUUGACUUCACUUCACAAAGAUGUAACUGGCUGAAUAUACAUGUGAAUUUAAUUUUUAAUCUGUAUGUCAGAUGCAGCAAUUUUUUCUUAAAAAAUGCUCUUAACGUAGAAUUGUUUUUCAUUUCUUUUGUAAUAUGGAUCAGAUAACUACUUUGUCUGGACACAUGAUAGCUUGAUGAAUUAUCAGUUUUAGACACCAAAUUCUGUAUUAUUGUUGAACGCAAUGACAGACCAUGGAGCUUUUGCAGAGUACUGUUCCAUCUAUUGGUAGAAGCUCGUUUGUAAAUAUUUUAUGUCUGAGUUGAGAUUAUUUGUACGAAAUCUUAGUUUCUCAGUUAAUUGGUUCCAUUUUGAAUUGUGUAAAAGAAAUAAUAAAUGAAAUGGUCAGAAAAUACUGCUAUUCUCACAUUUUGGAAACGUAUAGCAGUCGUCAUUGUAAAAUAUAACUGACCAUUUAAAAAAAAAAAAAAAAAAAGUUCACCUAAAGAGCAAACUUCCUGUACAAAUCCUCCAUCCAGCAAUUGUUGGAUUGAUAAGGUAACUCUUAAGGUAAGAAACUGUCAAAAAAUGUCUUCCCAAUGUAUAGAAAAUGUGGGUCAAAUCCUUAAACUGUUUUUCUUUGCAGGUGGUCUUUUUCCAGCGGAAGAAAAUCUGAAACCUCAAACCUGUGAUUGUUUUUAUACUGAGCUGAUGUAUAUUAAAUAGAUGUAUAUUAAAUAUAUUUUCAUGUUAA